GCGAGAGGGAAGGUAAGAUGGCGGCUGCAGGGUUGAGCGAGACAUUGGCAUGAACAGAAUUCGCAUCCAUGUUUUGCCUUCGAGUCGGGGGCGACUUACCCCUGUGCCAAGGCAGCAAGAAGCAUUGUCGUGUGCCUUUGCCCAUCGGCCGUGCUCCCAGCCUCGCUUGGAAGGCCAUGAGUUCUGCAUUAAGCACAUCCUUGAAGACAGGAAUGCGCCCUUCAAGCAGUGUAGCUACAUUUCCACUAAGAAUGGGAAGAGAUGCCCAAACGCAGCUCCCAAGCCUGAGAAGAAAGAUGGUGUGUCAUUCUGUGCUGAGCAUGCUCGCAGAAAUGCCCUGGCACUACAAGCUCAGAUGAAGAAAUCUAAUCCUAGUCCUGUACGAGAGUCUCUCCUCUGUCAGCUGAGCUCCUAUGCUAAGUCAGAGUUGAGUUCCCAAACUGCUGAGAGUAGCCGCAGUGAGGCUAGCAGAAUAUUAGAUGAAGACAGCUGGAGCGAUGGGAGCAAGAGCCUCUUAACUGUGGAUCAAACAUGGCGAGGGGAUCCUGACAGGGAAGCAGACAGCAUUGACAGUGACCAGGAGGACCCUCUCAAACAUGCUGGUGUGUACACUGCUGAGGAAGCACUGAUCAUGAGAGAGAAACUCAUCCGGUUGCAGUCUCUGUAUAUUGAUCAGUUCAACGGCUUCAACACCCUGAAAGAGAAGAAACGCCGGUAUUUGCAUAGGCCGAAGGUGGAACUAAAACGAUAGCCCAAGGGACUUCUGACUAAAGAGCGUGAAAACCUGAAGCGGCUGAAAUACUUGAGACGAUACCGGCAGCGCUAUGUGUGGGAGGCUCUUCUACACCGUCAGCUGAAGGAACGCAGAAUGCUGGCCACUGAAGGUGCUGCCCAGCAGGCACAUACUACUCCCAGCCAGAGAUGUUUGGCUUUUGUGGAUGAUGUCCGAUGUUCAAACCAGUCUCUCCCAAUGACAAGACACGGCUUACUCCAUAUUUGCCAGGAUACCAAUCAGCUUCUCUUUAAGAUGUGUCAAGGAUCAGAAGAAGCACCCUGCAGCAAGCCAAUGCCCGUAAGCCUCUCUGAAGAUCCCUGCUGCCCACUCCAUCUCCAGCUACCACCUCAGAUGUAUGUUCCUGAACAGGUACUGUCUGUUCCUGAAGAGCUGGAAGCUGCUUCCACGGAUCUGUACUUGAGUGCAGCUGAACUCCGGCCCACGGAGAGCUUACCGCUGGAGUUCAGUGAUGAUUUGGAUGUUGUUGGGGAUGGCAUGCAGUGUCCCCCUUCACCCUUGCUUUCUGACCCUUCUACUGUCCUUGAGAACCAGUUGAAUAAAAGUGUUGCUGAUGGCUCCAUAAACGUGCAUUCAAGUGAAGAGUCUGCUCAGGAAGGGCUUCUGAACCAGGUGGUCCAGUCAGGGAGAGCUGACUUUUCCAGACAAACAGCCUCUCCUGCCUCAGAGUCACCAGAAGAGCUGUCGUCACAGAAUAUUCAGCAUCUUGUGACAAGUGUGUCUGGACUGGAAGAGGCUAAAAAGGAAGAACCUGCAACCAAUGGGAAUUCAGAACCAGUUUCUAUCAGCUGAUAGACAAACAGAUGGAGACCUACCAGGACAAUGUAGUAUUUGCUACUCUUGAACUCCUGACACUUAUGUUUCUCAAUCACUCUUUCAAAAUUAGUGGAAGGCCAUGUGGUAGACAGAUUUCUGAGAGUUUUCUAUUGGCCAUCUUUGAAUCUUGUUCAUUGAUUGCCUUUUACAUGUUUUUCAAAGGUUUAUCUGGCACAAAUUCAGAGAGAGCAUGGGAAUGUUUCUUGGUGUUUGAGUAAUAUACAUACAAGGAAGCUGUGACUAAUUUAUAUUUGUUGUAACAAUGAUAGGCUCUGCUAAGCAGAAGUGGCUUGGAAAUUUUUUCUAUAAUUGGAUUAUUGGGAAUAUGUUUAAAGCCAGGGGCUUCAUGGUAAAGAUAAGGUUAUUAGCUGUACUAUAUACUAGCCUGUUAAAUGUAUAAUUAUGCAAAGGCUGCACGACUGUUCUUUUUCUUUUUUUUCUGACACAAGUCUGUAAAGAGAUUCCCACUUGUAGCUUUAACUUCUGUAAAAAUCCCAUGUAGUAUACAAAUAAAUGCUAGAUAAAGUUUA